AUGCCGGACGCCACAGGAGCCGACCUCCCUCCCGAGAUGCUCUCCCGCAUCCUCUACUACCUCACUCCUCCUGACACAUGCAAGAAUCGUGCGAGCCACUCAUUCGAGCUCUCGUGGAAAAAAUACUUGCGCUUGAAGAGUGGACUCGCCACACCCAGCCUUGUGUGCAAGCACUGGUCGGAGGCGAUCAGACCUCUCCUCUUCUCAAGACUCGGUUUGCGCAGUGCAGAAGACGUACGUAUGUUACGGAACGUCAUCGACAGUCCCCGAUUCCGGACGUCGUCUCUAUCGGGCGCAAUCCAGCGUGUGUCAAUACAGCAGGAGGCUGCUCAGACGAAGCCGGCAUGGCUCCAUCACGUCCAUUGGCUGACAUCUCGACUUCAAGAAACAUUGUUCCACUGUUACAUCACGAGCCCUACGGAUGGGUCUCAUUCGAUGAUCGGCCACCGAGACCUGUUCCGUUCAUUACCCAGGGUGCCCCCACUUUACAGCCUGCGACUCACCGGCCUUGUGCUCAGGAAACUACAAUUUGCGAGUGCGACAGAGGCCGCGCUGCUCAUUGACGGCUUCCCAUUCCUCCAGCGUCUCGCUUGCUACCAACUGACCUUCCUCGAUCCAUCACCGGUUGUCCAGUCCCGCAGGAGUUCGCGAAGACCUUCAUCAUCUCUCGUCCAAUGCCAAGUGUAUCAAUGUGAGGCAAUACCACUUUCCGCGAAAGCAGCACUUGCCUCUGACAUCCUCUCGAUUGCUACCCGCGUCGGCCUCGACUUCCACACAUGGGACGCCGUUCUUCAUGCACUUCUUGCAUUGGCACCCGGAACAUUUCAAGCUGUACGCGUUGAAAUUCGGCAACCCGAGCACAGCUCGCUCAAGGUGCCGCGUGUUAUUCUCGGUCCAAGCACGGACGACAUAUUCUCGUUGCGUGGUAGUUAUAUCGACGCCUAUAUCGGGGUACGCCAGGAGAAUGCAGGCCAAGGUGUUGGGCCUCCAUCGGCAUUCAUCGACCGUAUCUACCUCUGUCUUUCAUUCUCUGACGCCCAGGCGAUUGAAUCCCUUCGUUUCGACGACUUACAGACGAUCGUCGAUGCUCCACUCUUCGACGGCCUUCGUUUUCCUAGUGAUACACUGGAUGGCCCGCGGUGCAAGACCUUGAAAGCGAUCCUGCGCUCCGUCUUGCAGGGGACGCAGUUGGACUGGGCUCUCAAGUCAGACAAACUCAAGUUCAGGUUUCCUGGUCCCCAAGGAGGCCGUGUUCUCAACAGUCAAGACAUUCGCUCCCUGCAAGCGAGCUUGGAGCACACUAUCGACGACGUCACGAUCACUCUCGACGCCGCUGAGCAAGUCGAGUGGAUUAUUCGCGAUGGUCAGGGAAAGGGCGAUGAAUACCUGGAGGAGCUUGUAGCCGCGCGCGCACGCGGACCAUCUGCGGAUGCGAGUUCUGGGACGGUGGCUGGGCCGUCUGCUCCGAAGGAGGCCUAGAGCACGGCGGCUGAGCGGUUCAAGGUGCGUAUCAUGGUCUGUACUCAUUUUCCUGCGGGUGGCUGAUGAGUGCCAUUCUAUAGCUGCCAACAUUAUCAAGACACAGCAGUUUAGUGGGUCAAGGAUGGCGCAAGGCUAGCAGGCAAGGCAGAGACGUGGAUGGUGCAGGGGUGGUGGCUAGGACGUUGGCGCAUGUAGGGAAUCUGUCACUGAAGAGAACCGCAUCACGACGAUGUUUCUCGGUUGUAUCUAUGCUUUGUAAUCUGCUCUGGUUUGUGCACGUCUCAGAAUCAAGGUCAUUGAAUCUUCU